AUACAACUCUGUGUUAUUGUUCUUUGAAGUUUGACAUUUCAUUUAUUUGGUUUUUAACUCACGGCAGAAACGCACGCUUUUUGUGAAAUUAGUUUUGCAAUUUCUUUUUUAAUACAAAAUUUAAAAAAAUGAUUAUUCCUAUACGUUGUUUUACCUGUGGCAAAGUUAUUGGCAACAAAUGGGAAUCUUACUUGGGUUUACUGCAAGCCGAAUACACGGAAGGUGAUGCCUUGGAUGCUUUGGGUUUGAAACGCUACUGUUGCCGUCGUAUGUUAUUGGGUCAUGUAGAUUUGAUUGAAAAAUUGUUGAAUUAUGCUCCUUUGGAGAAAUAAUGUGGAGUGGAUACAAUUAGAUUAAGUUAGGUUUUUAUAAAUUAAAUGAUUAAAAAUAUAUACAAAUUUUAUUAAAAAUAGAAAA